CACAAGCGCGCAGAGAGCUACCCGUUCUCCCAUCUGGUCUUCGAGACUUGACCGAGCUGAUUGUGGAUUUGCCCGGAUGGACCAAGACGCUCAUCUGCCACAUGACUCGCUGGGACCGCGGGCUCUAGCUAUCGUCACGCCCUUUCUCAUCAUUGCUAUUCUUGUCUUCUCAAUUAUGGAAGUCAUUAUCUACUCGCUCUUUAUAGACCUCAGUUGGGUUUCUACUGCUAAACCCAUCCAGUGUCGACCAAUUAAUUCACACUGGGAAGAGGUUCUAGAUGCGCGGUGCUUAAUGGAACACUGUCUUAUCACCGUUUUGAUGGCGCUUGGCCUGGUUGCAGCUAUAACCAUCAUCUUGAGGCUCAUCAAGGUAUGCAUAUUGGACUUUGCUUCUCCAGAAAGCUUCCUCCGUGCCCAUACUUAAGUCCCUAAUCGAGCAUAUCCUCCAUCGAUUCGGCCU